AACUUAACCACCACCACCACAACUCUUCCCUCUCAAAUAUAUAUACUUUUCUUUUUGUUGCUCUUGCAUUGUGCUUCUUAUAAUUAAUAAAUUAAUUACUUUUUUUUUCUGUGUGAGAGUUUGGAUUUUGAUUCAAGAUGGCUACUGCCGUUGCUAACCACCCUCAACAAUUUGGAAAAGAAGCUGAGGAAAAGAAGGUCAUCAAUGGUGGGUUUGUGGUGCCAGCGACCAACUCAUUUGGUGAAACCUUUAGGGACUACAAUGCUGAAGGUGAAAAGCAUGCGCGUGUGGAGAACUUCUACAAAAUCAAUCACAAGAACCAGACUUAUGAUUUCGUAAAGAAGAUGAGGGAAGAGUACAUCAAAAUGGACAAGAUGGAGAUGACCAUAUGGGAAUGCUGUGAGCUUCUGAAUGAUGUUGUGGAUGAGAGUGACCUUGACUCGGAUUUACCUCAAAUGGAACACUUGCUCCAAACUGCUGAAUCCAUUAGAAAGGACUAUCCCGAUGAGGAUUGGCUUCACUUGACUGGCCUUAUCCAUGAUCUUGGAAAGGUGCUUCUUCUUCCACAGUUUGGAGGGCUUCCUUAUUGGGCUGUUGUAGGGGAUACAUACCCAGUUGGGUGUGCUUUUGACGAGUCUAUUCUUCACCACAAGUAUUUCGAGGAAAACCCAGACUACCACAACCCUGCUUAUAACACCAAGUAUGGAGUUUACUCAGAGAAUUGUGGACUCGACAAUGUAUUGAUGUCAUGGGGACAUGAUGACUACAUGUAUUUGGUGGCCAGGGAGAACAAAACUACUCUACCUCCAGCUGCUCUUUUCAUUAUUAGAAACCACUCAUUCUAUCCAUUACACAGCGCUGGAGCUUACAGGCACCUUAUGAAUGAACAGGAUCAUGAAAAUCUGAAGUGGCUCCAAGUCUUCAACAAAUAUGAACUCUACAGCAAGGCCACUGAGCUGAUUGAUGUGGAAAAGGUCAAACCAUACUAUCUCUCCCUCAUCGAAAAGUACUUCCCUAAUAAGAAGCUGAAAUGGUAAAAACUUGAGGGAGCUCUUCCAGUUUAGCGAUCAAUGACUAUCAGUGUGGCGCUGUGUGUAGAGUAUGUGGCCAUUUGGCUCAUGCUUAGAAGGCUCUAAUGUGAUUUAAGUCUUUGUGCACUCGAAAUAAAUCAUUUAUAUAGGUCACCUUUGAUCGCUGUAAUAUUGUAUUGUACCCUAUCCUAUAUCCUAUCCUAUCCUAUGCAGCCGUAUGAUAUGGUAUUGUGACUUUUGCUUAUUCUAUGUAUAAUAAUAAUAAAAGCAAUGCCCUGCUUCUAAUUAAGGGUUGCAAUAAUAACUGUUGUCGUUUAAUGAGACUAAAUUACUAUUUGCUAGAGUUCA